CCCUCUUCCCCUUUACAUUUUAUUUUAUUUUAUUUUAUUUUCUUUUUUCCCUUUUUCGGUUUUUGGCCUUCAUACUUUCUCCCCUUCAAUAUUCUUCCCCAGAUAGAAUCGAAUUUCCACCCCCAUUUUCCCUCAAAAUCCCUCUCUCCCAUUUCCUCUUCCCAAUUUCAUGAUUUCCCCUUAAUGCCCCCACUGUCGCUAGAUUCACCUCAAACACACUCUUCCCCCUUUUAAUUCCGUCCCAGAGGGUUCGCAAAACCCGUUUCGGGUUAUCGGGUACCCGAAUUCGCCUCCCCAUUUCGGGUUCGGAGCUCUCGGAAGCUUAUUUCGCCGUUUCAAUUUUUUUUUUUGGUCUUCUGGAUUUUUCCUUUUUUUUUUAAACCGUUAGGGGUUAACGGUGCUGUCGUUUUGUCAUGGGCGAUCUUCAUGUGAACGGCGUCGUUUUCGGGGAGGAUCGCCCCUGCGCCUCGUCGCCGCCGUCGCCGCCGCUGCCGUUGUCAAACCCCGAUCCGAGCUCCGUCGCUGCAGACGCAUGGUCAGCCGCCGAGGCCACCACCUCCGCGAUUCUCCGCCGGAUUAGGCCGACGCUCGGUGCUGACCGGAAGCGCCGCGAGGUUGUUGAUUACGUGCAGAGGCUGAUUCGAUAUGGCGCUCGGUGUGAGGUCUUUCCAUAUGGGUCAGUUCCUUUAAAAACAUAUCUUCCAGAUGGAGAUAUUGAUUUGACUGCACUCAGUUGUCAAAAUAUUGAGGAUGGCUUAGUGUCGGAUGUUCACACUGUUCUACGAGGAGAGGAAAUCAAUGAAGCUGCUGAAUAUGAAGUGAAGGAUGUUCGUUUCAUUGAUGCAGAGGUUAAGCUUAUCAAAUGCAUUGUACAGAAUAUUGUUGUAGACAUCUCUUUCAAUCAAUUAGGAGGACUCAGUACGUUAUGUUUUCUUGAAAAGGUUGAUCGACUUGUUGGCAAGGAUCAUCUCUUCAAACGUAGCAUUAUACUGAUAAAAGCUUGGUGCUACUAUGAGAGUCGUAUUCUGGGUGCUCAUCAUGGCUUGAUAUCAACAUAUGCUCUGGAAACACUUGUUCUGUAUAUUUUCCAUCAGUUUCAUGUAUCCUUAGAUGGUCCACUAGCGGUUCUCUAUAGAUUUUUGGACUACUUCAGCAAAUUCGACUGGGAUAAUUAUUGUGUUAGUUUGAAGGGACCAGUUGGAAAAUCUUCUCUGCCUAAUAUAGUUGCUGAGGUGGCAGAAAAUGGAGGAGACACUCUGCUGACUGAGGAGUUCAUCAAAACCUGUGUGGAAUCAUUCUCAGUACCUUCAAGGGGACCUGAUUUAAAUUUUCGUGCAUUUCCUCAGAAACAUCUUAACAUCAUUGAUCCACUAAAGGAAAACAACAACCUUGGUCGCAGUGUCAAUAAAGGUAAUUUCUAUCGAAUACGCAGUGCUUUUAAGUAUGGUGCCCGAAAGCUUGGCUGGAUUCUUAUGCUACCAGAAGAUAGAAUAGCAGAUGAGCUUAAUAGGUUCUUUGCGAACACAUUGGAUAGGCAUGGAUGCAAUCAUGGGAAUGACAUGCGAACUACGAGUCUUGGUUGUAGUCCUAGAGAUUUUGACUUCUCAGGAACAUCAGAGGCUGCAGUGUGCUCUGAAGACAAGACAUCUUUCUUUGUUUCUACCGGAUCCAAAGUGGAAAGUUUACCUGGAAAUCAACAUAAUUGUGAAACUAAAAAUGAAAGAGAAAGGAAUGGAGUAAAAGUUUUCUCCUCUUUGGCAGGGCCAUCAGUUGACUCAUCUGGGGAUGAAAAUGCAGAUCCAAUUUAUAAACUAGUUGAAGAUUCUAAGGAUGUUGCAACAAUAGGAGGCUUGGAUCUUGCAAGCAGUAAUGAUGCAUCAUAUUUUUCAAAUGGGAUUGCUUCUAAUGAAACAACAGUUAAUUCUCUUAUUGAUGACGAGAAAGAGAAGCAUGUUAUGGAGAACAACUCUAGGUCAAAUCUUGAUGAAAAUAGUGUGGCGUCUUAUGGGCUAGUUGAUUCGAGAAAUGCAGUUGAUGUCUUUGAAAAUAAUUUUCCUCAUAGUGAUAGUUACACUACUACUGUAUCUUGGGGUACUGAAGCUACAAAAUCCCUAUUGGACCUGGCUGGGGAUUAUGAAAGUAACAUUAGGAAUCUACAAUAUGGUCAGAUGUGCAAUGGUUAUACUGUCUCUCCUCUUGUGGUGCCUAGUCCUCCUAGGUCUCCAAAGUUACAGAAUAGGAAUCCUUGGGAAACUGUUAGGCAGUGUCUUCAGAUUAAUCAAAGCAUUCAUUCACAGGCAAAUUCAAAUGGUGUUCUUGGACCAGUUUACCUUGUUAAUCAUGCUACUCUACCGAUCCCCCCUUUUGGUUCAGAAGAGAAGAGAAAACUCCGAGGAACAGGCGCAUACUUCCCUAAUAUGUCAUCUCGUCCGUAUAGGGAUAACAGGCCAAUGUCAGGAAGGGGACGGAGCCAAGCAUCUGGUGCUCAUGGGCAACAACAUAGACAUGCACAUAGUCGUAACAAUGGCUUCAUUCCUACUCUACAAGAGUUGAAUUUGUCUGUGGAGGGAAGUUUUGAACAUCCUCUUGAAGUAUAUCCUCCUCUUGGCAGUGCUAAGUCCAGGUCAUCAGAAACAUAUUUCAGCCAACCUGCCAUAUGGGGACCACGUCAUUCUAACGGUUUCCCUCACACGUCUGAAAAGCAUGAGUCUGGUACUGUAAGCCCUCAGCAUCGUGGACCACCAAGAAUUGAAGUUAGCAAUCUCCAUGAAUCAAGCAUCUCUACUACUAAGGGCUCUGCUCCCAGCACAGGGGUCGUGUCAGAGGAGAGUUCUGACUCAUUAUCUGCAGUUGAUAACAAAAGUUUGUGCUCCUAGUUUUCCUCUCCUUUAAGGGGGUGUCUAUGGUUUGGGAUUCAGGAUUGACGUGGGAGCUUAUCAUUUGAAGAAUGAAGAUGACUUUCCUCCACUUUCCCACUGAGUGCCAGUGAAGGAUGGUGAAUAUGUAAUAUCAUUAACCCUAAUGGUCAAUACAUGGAAACAAUUAUGAUUUGCCUACCUUACAACAGGUGCAACCAAGGGAAGCCGAUUUUGUAAGAACUAAGAAGUAUGAACAAUGUGCAUGCAUCUCAAAAAUGAAGAUAGCUUCCCUCAACUCUGGGUCUCUUCCAGAGAUUGUCCAAUACAUAGAAGUGAGAGUACUGAAUAAGUGAGAAAUGCUGAGACUAGCCUUAGAUGCUAACAAACUAGGUUAAAGUUAAACUAGAUUGGGUGUUGUGACACCCUUAUUCCCCUUUUUCUUGCUGUAGUUGGUCUUUUUGUAUAAAACUGCGUGUACAUUCUGCUUACUUUUUUUUUUUUGUCUCCACUCCUGUUUUUAUUCUGGAUUAUUUAGGGAUGUAGAUAUCGGGUGAUGUUCCUGAAGCUGAGUUUAUAGUUUUGUUGUUUGUAGUUUUAAAGUAUAAACCCACAAAAUUUUAGAUAUCGGAAUGGAAUUCCACACAUGGUUUUCUGUCA